AUGAGAAAUGACCUUUAUUUCAUUCUCAAAUUGAGGUAUACAGCAAAGCAGGAGCAGAACGUGUACCUGGAAAUUGAAAUACAACAAGGAAAAGGAGAGAUCAGCAGCAGUGGUGAGCUUAAUCACAGUUUCAAACAGCAAAUGACAGCAACAACAAUUUCAGCUUGGAAUCCAGCAAUGAAAAACCAAUUCGAGGAGCUUGGCUUGGAUAUGAGGGAUGAUAUUCGGAGCUUUGGGAAGAGGAGAGGAAGGCGGUUAAAGGGUGUAAAUUUGGGUGUCAUUGGAGCAUCGCUGCCGGCGGAGGCGAUUUCCGGCCGGCGGCUUAGGGCGGAGAGUGGCGGAGACGGGAAAGGACAUUAUAGAUACGAGGAAGAUGAAGUUAUCUCUAGGACAAAGGAGUUUAUAGUGCAUCUACGAAAGCAAAAGGUGUAUCAAUUUCUAAUGGGCUUGAAUGAUUCUUACUCUGAAGCUCGUAGUCAAAUACUUAUGACGAAACCGCUUCCCUCGGUAAAUCAAGCAUAUGCCAUGCUUAUGAGUGAUAAAAGCCAAAUAGCUGUAGCUGUCGCUGCUGAUAAUGCAGAUUCCGAACAAUUCACUUCCUCUGCUCAAGCAAAUGUGGCAGUUACUCCUUCUAAGUCUAGGACAGUCUUACUACCUAAUGGAGAUGUCACUCUAGUAACUCAGACUGGUGACAGCAAUAUUUCAGUCAGAAGCACAUUUAAAGAUGUCUUCUAUGUGCCUCAGUUCAAGUUCAACUUAUUAUCAGUCUCCAAAGUGACAAGGGAUCUUAAAUGCUUUGCUUCCGUUUAUCCUGAUUUAUGUGUCUUUCGGGAUCUCUUCAGUGGUAGGGUGAGGGAGAUUGGUAGAGAAAGUGAUGGUCUAUACUUCCUGCAGAAAUAUGGUGGGAAGAUGCUCACUGCAAUCUCUUUAGCUGCUGCUGGAAUAAAGUCAAGACAGGGUGACACUACAGUUGAUGUUGCCUUGUGGCAUAAAAGACUAGGGCAUGUAUCCAGUAUUGUUGUUAGAAAAUUGUUUGCUUCCAAACUAGCCAGUAUCAAUGAAACUGUGAAUAAGUGUACUCUGUACCACAUUGUUUCAGAAGUAUGGCAUCAUUCAUCAAAGAACAUGUGCUUAUACUCCUCAGCAAAUGGAGUUGCUGAGACAAAGCACAUGCACAUCCUAGAAGUCACGCGAGCUUUAAGGUUUCAGGCCAAUAUACCUAUCAAGUAUUGGGGGCAUUAUGUGCUUGCAGCAGUAUACCUCAUAGAUAGGAUGCCAUCUUCUGUCCUUCAUGGCCUUUCCCCUUUUGAACUAUUGUAUGGUAGGGCACCUAAUCUUGGUCACAUAAGAAUUCUUGGUUGCUUGUGCUAUGCCAAGCAAGUUCGUGAAACAGACAAACUCCUUCCUAGGGCUAAGGAUAUAUCCUUUAUGGAAGAUAUAUUUCCCUUCAAAAACAUCUCAGACACAUCACCACCUAUUUUCUUGCCUCCUGAAUUGUCCUCUUUUAGUAAAGAGCAGCCUUCACUUCCUCCUGUUCCUGCUAGGCAUGAGUCUACUGCCUCUUCUCCUUUGCAUCAGCCUGCAGCAGAUGUGAUGCCUUCUAUACUUCCUCCUCCCUCUCAGCACUCCACUGGUCUGAGGAGAUCUUUGAGGACAAGUCAGGCUCCCAUAGGGAUGAAGGACUUUGUGUCACAGCCUAGACACAAAUCUAUUCCCUAUUCCAUUAUUAACUAUGUGUCUUAUGAUAGACUUUCUCCAAAAUAUCAGGCCUAUUUGAUAGCAUUCUCUGCAAUACAGGAACCUGCUUCUUUUGAAUAA